AGGCUCAUGUGGGAUUUGAAGCAAUUGCAAGAGGACCCAUCUGUGGGUGUCAGUGGAGCACCAUCUGAAAACAACAUUAUGCAGUGGAAUACAGUUAUAUUUGGACCAGAAGGGACACCCUUUGGAGAUGGUACUUUUAAACUAGUAAUAGAAUUUUCUGAAGAGUAUCCAAAUAAACCACCAACUGUUAGGUUGUCAUCCAAAAUGUUUCAUCCAAAUGUGUAUGCUGAUGGUAGCAUAUGUUUAGAUAUCCUUCAGAAUCCAUGGAGUCCAACAUAUGAUGUAUUUUCUAUCUUAACAUCAAUUCAGUCUCUGCUGGAUGAACCAAAUCCAAACAGUCCAGCCAGUAGCCAGGCAGCACAGCUUCAUCAGGAAAACAAAAGAGAAUAUGAGAAAAGAGUUUCGGCCGUUGUUGAACAAAGCUGGAAUGAUUCACGAUAG